GGCGUCGCACUCUUUUUUUUUUUUUUGCUCACGCACGCCCCCUUGUGUCAAACAACCAGGCAUGUUCAAAGCGAUUCCUUCUUACUGAUUCGAUUCACUAAAAUGAUUCGAAUUGACUCACUAUUUCUUUUACAGGAUUUUUUUAUAGGAGCGUUUGUUAAUGUUUUAGAAUGUACAUGUCAGAAAUGCUAAGUUUCAGUUGCUCGUUUAGCUGAAUAUUUUGUUCCGAGUUGUAUUAUUUAUUAUUAUUAUUUUAUUACAGAAAAGCACGUGAUAAGGACAUCAUUCAGUCUUUGGGGUUCUCUGAUUGUAAUUUUUUUUUUUUUUUUUUAAAUGAAUGUACUAUUAUUCCUUACUUAUUAUGAACAUACAUUUUCAUAUACACAGUAUGUGUCUACUCUGCCCAAAUUAUAUGAUACCCCCCCAUUUUAUAGUGUUGAAACCAUCUUGGUGUGAUGCAUGGUUAUAGAAAUAAACUUUGAAAUAUAAAGCAGACAAACUUUGGAGUGUGUAAAAUUCCUUGAUUUUGCAUAUGAAUUUAUUAUUUAUUAUACACCAUGCUGGCAGCCUGUCUGUAGCCUAUAGACAUCAUUGGGAGUGGGGAAACUGACUUUUUUUUCUCUUUUAAUUCCAUGCAACGAAUUCAAAUUUAUUCAAUUGUGUUGUAUUAUAAAUUCUGUUUUCUUUCCUUUUUUUAAAAAACAAGGUUUACAUUUUAAUCCUGGCUCAAUUUAAGCACCGAAAUAUGCCAUGUUAGACUCAAGAAUCCUUGUAGAAAAAACUGACUCUAUGAACCGCAUCUUAAAGAAUCGAAUGAAUCUUUUAGAUCCGAUACAGCCAGUAGACUCCAACGAGUCGUUUAGAAAACGUUCCUCCAGUUCACAUAACGUUUCAAAACAAAGUUAUUCCAAAAUAGCAAAAGGUAAUAAAAUUCAAUAAAACAAGAUUACAGAAUGAACAGGAACACCAAACUCUUAUAGAAAGGGCUCAUGUAAAAACUUCGCAAUUUGUCGGCACCAUUAAACAAUUGAAACAGCUCUCGUGCGUGUAUGAAGUUUAACGGUUUUGUUGUUUUUUUUGCCUCCUUUGCAACUUGCAAGCCUUCUUUCAUUGAUAAUAAUCGGAACAAAAAACUUUCAGGAUCAAUGUCAGCCCAGCUGAGACAAUGCAGACAAGGACUUGCAAAAGCCCUAGCCCUAGCCCUAGGCCCAGACACCAUCUCAGGACCUGAACCUAUCCUUAAUGUCUCAUGUCCUCUCCCUAUCAACCAUCCUGAGAUGCUUCAUAACCUUUGCCACGUCUCUCUGACGUCCCAUAAUCAGCCAGUUCUCACACAGCACAGAGCUGACUGCAGACAGGGAUCCAGACAUGGACUGGAGGGCCUAACAGUCUCCGGGCCUGAACCUGAACAUCAGGAUCUUACUGCAAGGAUGGAGAGCUCCAGCAUGGAGACUUUGGACGAGCUGUUAGCGAAGCUGGAGUUUGAGAACAAGCUAAACCAGGUGUGUAACAGGCUCUCUCUGAACGUGAACACGCAGCCGGCGCGGGGAGACGGCACAGGAAGUGCAGACAGCGGUGUGGAGGAAGGAGCUGAUGAUGGAGAAGAGGAUGAGGACUAUGUGAGAUUCGUGGACACGGUUCUGGGCAUGGAGCAGGACUACGAGCUCUUUGUCUACUAGACAUUACACGGAUAAUGGGCUAAAACCUACACAACACAACCCGUGCUGGUUCAUUGGUGAAAACAACAGAUCCAAACUGUAUGGGUUUAAUUGCUGGUGCAGCCUCGGUACACCGUAUGAGAGUGUUCUUCAUUUGUCAUGCACUUAACCGCAUGUAUUUUAUUGCAACAUAAAUCUUCUCAGCCUUUAGGCAAAUCUACAGUAACCUUUAAUAUGCCUUAACAUUCAUAUCCCUAACGCUGACAAACAGUGGGAGGAUCUUUAAUUCAUAAGGAAAGAGGCUGUAAUUUAGAUUUCAUCGACUUAUAUCUACUUGAAGAUAAAUAUGUAUAAAUAUAUUUAUUUGAUGCACUAUAAAUAAACAUAAAACGGAUCCGUUUUGAUCAUUUUCUGUUAGCUGUGACCUACUCCGUUAAUAAGUUAUUUGAUCAAGGAUGGGAAAAAGCUGACGUUGCAACUCGUAUUGAUAAAUUGCGGCUCAAAUAGAUUUAAUUGCCCUGAGAGAAGACGUGAGAGUGUUACAACCUUGUCCUGACUAUAGUAAGUAUUUAAUCUUUAACCUUUAUGGUCAGUUAUCAAGAUGAAUCUCUGGCUUUUUACAGGCUUUGAAUUUGUCCUAUUCAGUAUGAACACACACACACACACACACACACACACACACAAUGGUUUUUCGACACCUUUUGAAGACAAAACAAAAUAAAAUCAAUUCAUGAAUUUGUUGUAAGGUUUAUUUGC